GAAACCAACCUUAAGCUCUUUUUAUCUCCGCCAAAAAGGUAGCCCCGAUUAUUGCUGACUUAAGCAUCGGAGUGUCUACCCCGAGUUCCACCUCGGGGCUUUGUAGGUCAUCCCGGAGUGCAAGCGCGAACUGAAGAAGGACUUCUGGUUUGGUGCAAUUACAUUGGCGCCGUCUAUGGGAAACGAACUGAAAGCUUUCUAGUUGCUCUUCCAUCAUGGUUCACACUCGAUCAGUCCGAGCUGGUAAUUCAUCUCUGCCUCAUGGGCAAGGUCUACCCCCCAACAACCUUCCACCCCUGAUCCCACCUCAAAUCCCACCUCAGCUCCCACCUCAGGUCCCAACCAUAUUCCCUCCUGUUGAUCAGGCAGAAGAAGGAGAUGAAAACCAACCCCAUACCUCAGCUCACAAUUCAACUUCCACUGCUAACCAAGACGUGGUGACAGCUCAGCUUGCUGCCAUGCAGCAGCAGUUUGGUGUUUUUCAGUUGGUACUAGCUCAGCUUCUAGCUAGAAAUAAUCCUGGUGAUCCCCUCAUUAAUUUACUAAACCCUGCUCAACAACCCCCAGCUCCACAACAGAAUCCCCAAUCGGUUCAACCUGAUCCCGCUUUUAGCGAAUCUCAUGGUCAAUCCCACAUAGCACCUGCUCAACAACCCAUCCCUGAUGAUGUUACCCGUCGCCUCAAUAGCUUAGAAAAGCUGAUAGCUGAACACCGAGGUGCUCCACCCCCACACCAUGCUGCUGAUUCCAUACCUCACCCCAUGAAUACCAACAUCACACUGGAACCCUAUCCUACUGGCUUCAAAAUACCACAACUGGAGACUUAUGAUGGGACGAAGGAUCCCGAUGAUCACCUGUAUGCUUUCUACUCUUGCAUGCAAGCUCAGAAUGCCUCUGAUGCAUUAAUGUGCAAAAUCUUCCCCUCUACUCUGCGAGGUAAUGCUCGAACGUGGUAUUACAGUCUACCUCUGAAGUCAAUUAGUUCUUACACAGAAAUGGCAUCUGCCUUUGCCACUAAGUUUUCCAGUAGAAGGUUGAUUAGGAAAACUACUACCGAAUUGAUGCGAGUUAAACAGAGGGACGGGGAGUCCCUAAAGAACUACAUGAGCAGGUUCAAUGAUGCGGUGUUGGAGGUUAAUUCCUUCGACCAAGCUGUGGGCAUUGCAGCUGUAAUCUCUGGUCUCAAACAUGACAGGUUCCGAGACAGUUUGAUCAAACAUGCUGCCACCACCUUUAGCGAGGUAAAUGAUAGAUCUCUGAAAUUCAUAACUGCUGAGGAAUACGCCCUGGCGCAAAACCCACCUUCCUCUAAGAACCAGAACCCAGAAUGGAGAGAUGACAAUUCGAGCCGGAAAAGAAUGAGAAUGGCGCAGAACCGAGGUCCGAUGUUGACCUCCCCAAUGAGAUUCGGAAGGACGAACUCAACACCCCCACAACAAUCUGCAGAGCUGAACAGCCGAGGUUUAUCAGAGAACAGAGGCCGUAGCCUCAAGGAGUCCGCAAUCCCCCAAAUAGGCAAGAAGAGGAAGAUUGACGAUGCUGAGUGGAAGAAUCAACCCAUUACUUUCACAUCUGCUGAUCUCGAUACAGUUGUUACACCCCACAAUGAUCCCUUGGUCACUUCUGUCAUGAUUAACAACUGUAAAGUACAGCGUGUCCUUGUUGACACCGGGAGUGCACCAGACAUCAUGUACUUCCACUGUUUCGAGAGUCUUGGAUUAGAUCCAGCAUUGUUGCAGAAGUAUGAUGGUCCUAUCUAUGGUUUCAACAACCAACCUGUUCCGGUAGAAGGAGUUUUUACCCUCCAUGUGGCUUUUGGGAGUGGCAGGACCUAUGUGACCCCGUCGGUCCGGUUCCUCGUGGUCAAAAUGGCGUCCUCUUUCAACAUUGUUAUUGGCCGACCCACACUGACUGAAAUCCGAGCUGUGGUUUCCCAGUCUCACCUCUGUAUGAAGUUCCCAACCCCUAUGGGAAUAGCAACAUUGCGAGGAAACCAGGAGGUGGCCAGGCAUUGUUAUAUCACCUCGGUAACACAACCCAUGAAGGACAAAGCUCAGACACUCGAGGCCAUUCCUCAGCGAAUCUCUGAUAAUCAGCAAGUUAUGGGAGUUGAGAUCGUAGAUAAUCGACCAGAAGAUGAAACCAGAGCUGCUUUGGUCGAAGAUGUUGAAGAAGUACUCAUUGAUGACAGAGAUCCGAGCCAAAAUACGCAGAUCGGAACUAGAUUGAACCCAGAGGAAAGGGCAGAGCUCAUAGCUUUUCUUCGAGCUAAUAAUGAUGUAUUUGCAUGGACUUCGGCAGAUAUGCCAGGAAUUCCAAAUUCAGUCUCUCAACAUAAGCUCAGCACCAAUCUAUUGAAGAAACCAGUGGCCCAGAAGCGGCGUCUCUUCGGGGGUGAGAGGCUUCAGGCUAUUAAAGAAGAGGUAACGAAGCUCCUACAGGCUGGUUUUGUCAAGAAAGUUGAUUACUGUGAAUGGGUGGCUAACCCAGUUCUGGUGAAGAAGGCAAAUGGCAAAUGGCGAAUGUGCAUUGAUUACACAAAUCUUAACAACGCCUGCCCUAAGGAUUGCUAUCCAAUGUCGAGCAUUGACAAACUAGUUGAAGCGGCUUCAGGCAAUGAGAGGUUAAGCCUCUUGGACGCAUAUUCAGGGUAUCACCAGGUGCCAAUGGCUCCAGAAGACGAAGAGAAAACCGCGUUCUAUGCUGGCGAUGAAAUUUAUUGUUAUGUCAUGAUGCCGUUUGGCUUGAAGAAUGCAGGUGCUACUUAUCAGAAAAUGGUAACCAUUGUCUUCCACGCUCAGAUUGGCAAGAAUCUGGAGGUAUAUGUCGACGACAUUGUGGUAAAGAGCCUAAAAGCAGAAGACCAUCUCGCCGACCUCGACGAAACAUUUAACAACCUUAGAAAGAACAGGAUGCGGUUAAACCCAGCCAAAUGCAUCUUCGGAGUGGAGUCUGGAAAAUUUCUAGGUUUCAUGGCGUCCCGAAGGGGAAUUGAGGUCAAUCCAGAGAAGAUCAGAGCAAUUGCCGAGAUGGAACCGCCAAAAUCAGUGAAGGAUAUACAGAGGCUGACUGGAAGGGUGGCAGCUCUGCAUCGGUUCAUAUCGAAGUCAGCAGAUAAAUGUCUGCCAUUUUUCAAAAUUAUGAGGUCAGCCGCCCAGAAAGACGAGUCAGGAAAGCAAAAGAAGUUCGAAUGGAGCCAAGAAUGCCAAGCUGCAUUUGAAGAGCUAAAGUGUUAUCUUAGCUCACCGCCUCUGUUGACUAAGGCUGUAGAUGGAGAACUUCUUUACUUGUACCUGGGGAUUUCAGACGAGGCCAUUAGUUCAGUUCUGGUGAGAGAAGAAGCUAGGCAGCAGAAACCAAUUUAUUAUAUCAGCAGCGUGCUGCACGGAGCAGAGCUGAGGUAUCCUAUAGCUGAGAAAGCAGCAUUAGCAGUCGUCACUUCAGCUAGGAAAUUAAUUAAGUGGGCAGUAGAACUGGGAGAGUUUGAGAUAACAUUCCAGCAGAGAUCGGCCAUCCGAGCUCAAGCAUUAGCACAUUUUAUUAUCGAAUGCACUCCAUGUCCUUCAACCUCUAAUCCAGAGCCCAACGACUGGACCUUAUAUGUCGACGGAGCAUCUAGUAGCAAAGGGUCAGGGGCUGGCGCUCUCUUGAUUGGUCCAGAGGGAUACCGAAGCGAACAUGCCCUGAAGUUUAAUUUUGAUGCAACAAAUAACAUGGCCGAGUAUGAAGCUCUGCUACUUGGUCUACAGCUAGCAUUGGAAUUGAAAAUCAGUGCAAUUCAAUACGUAGCCUUGGUGGCCGAGCUGAAGUGCAAAUUCCAGAAAUUCUGUCUGAGUAAAAUUCCCCGAGCUGAGAAUGAACAGGCAGAUUUACUUUCCAAGUUUGCCUCUGAUGGCUCUUUAAGUUCCAGAUCCAUUUUUGUGGAGGUCUUAGAUGAACCAAGCUUCAUGAAGCCUCGGAUGAUGGAGAUUAGCACAAACCCUGACACACCAAGCUGGACUGACUCAAUUAUCUCCUUUUUGCGAGAUGGAAUAAUACCUGAGGAAAGGCAGGAGGCAAUGAAGUUGAGGAAGAAAGCAUCUCGGUAUACACUUGUUGAUGGGGUCCUCUAUAAGAGAUCUUUUUCACUUCCUCUUCUGCGAUGUUUGAAUCCCUACGAAGCCGAGUAUGCACUUCGAGAGGUACAUGAAGGUGUCUGUGGGAGCCAUGUCGGCGCUAGAACUCUGGCUCACAAAGUCUUAAGGCAGGGAUAUUACUGGCCAAACAUGUAUAAGGAUGCCACUCACUUUGUUCAGAAAUGUCCGAGGUGCCAAUUCUUUGCACAUUUGACUCACCAACCUGCAGAAGAACUCACGAACCUGGUAGCACCAUGGCCAUUUGCACAGUGGGGACUAGAUCUUUUAGGUCCAUUCGUAAAAGGGAUUGGUGGUGUAACCCAUCUGGUUGUUGGUGUGGAUUAUUUCACAAAGUGGGUCGAAACUCGGCCUUUAUCUAGUCUUACCUCCAAGAAGGUUGAAAAUUUUGUUUUCAGCUCGAUCAUCUCCAGAUAUGGGAUCCCGAAUCAAAUUGUAGCUGAUAAUGGAACUCAAUUCAAUUGCUCCUCAUUCCGAGAUUUCUGUUCCAGUUAUGGGAUCAAGUUACAGUUCACCUCCGUUUACCAUCCGGAGUCCAAUGGCAUGGUGGAAUCUGUUAACAAAUGCAUUUUGGAAGGUAUAAGGUCGAGAUUGGAGCAGCAUAAGGCCAAGUGGGCAGACGAGCUCAACAACGUCCUCUGGGCAUACAGAACCACGAGCCGAACUGCCACAGGUGAAACACCCUACCACCUGACCUUUGGUACCGAAGCAGUCAUUCCUAUUGAAAUAGGAGUCCCAAGCUUCCGAGUCACCCAUUUCGAUGAAGGACGAAAUGGACAACUGCUUUGGGAAAACCUUGAUCUGCUUGCUGAAGUCAAAGAAGAAGCUCGGCUUCGAACUCUUGUAUACAAGCAGAAACUAGCCAACUUCUAUAAUAAACGGGUCCGCCCUCGCACAUUCAAAAUAGGAGACCUUGUUCUCAGAAAAGCUGGCCUAACAGGGUUUGAAACUCGUUUUGGCAAACUCGCCCCGAAUUGGGAAGGCCCUUAUACCGUGGCCGAGGUGCCACAUCCUGGUGCCUAUGUCCUCUAAGACGUUGAAGGAAAGAGAGUUCCUAGAGUCUGGAAUGUCAAUAACUUGAAGAAAUUUUACCCCUAAUAAAAUUCUUUCAAGAGAUCUAUGUCUUACAGUUCUUGUUUCAUGUUUGUUGAGAUUCAUUUUACAUAUUAUCCUAUGUACCUGAGGUCAAUCAGUUCAUCCAUUCCUUGAACCUCACUUCUGUUAAUAAAUGUCACUUCACAUA